AUGUUUGUGCCCACAUCAAUGCCCUCUUCGAGGUCGGACAGUCGUCGACGCUCUGAUGCAAGCACUCCGUCAGAGCUUGCGUCCCCAACUGUCGACACGCCUGCAACUGAGCGUGGUGACUUGUUCGACAACAUCGAUGAACUAUUGCGCAAUAUUCCCUCGGAGAGCCACAUCCUUGUCACCGGUGGUCUUGGCUUCAUUGGAAGUCACACCACCCUUGAGCUUCUCAAGGCCAACUAUAAUGUCAUUGUCAUCGACAACCUCAGCAAUGCAUUCCAGAAUGUUCUUGACCGCAUCAGCAUCUUGGCUCAGAAGCACCACGAAGAGAAUGGCACCAAGAUGCCUUCUUUGCGAUUGCACGCACACGACUAUCGCGACACCACUGCCUUGAAGUCUUUGCUUCAGGAGUACCAAAUCCCCUCUCGUUGGGGAAACGCCAAGUCAAAGAUUGCCGGUGUGAUUCACUUCGCAGCCUACAAGGCUGUGGAGGAGAGUAUCCGCAACCCAUUGAAGUACUACUCCAACAACGUCAGCGGCCUGGUCGACUUUGCCACCACUCUUGGAGAGUUUGGCAUCAAGACUUUUAUCUUCUCGUCUUCUGCCACUGUGUACGGAACCCUGGCCAAUUCUGGUCUUCCAUUGAAGGAGGAACUCUGUGUGCACAAGGAAGAGGUGCACACUAAUGAAGAAGGCACACAAGAAGUCGUUCAACCAGGUUGCACCGGUAUCACCAACCCAUAUGGACGCACCAAGUGGAUGUGUGAGACCAUCCUGGCCGACUUGGCCGCCUCAGACCCUGAGUGGACCAUUGUUGCCCUUCGGUAUUUCAACCCCGUCGGCUGUGAUUCAUCCGGUCUGCUGGGCGAGGACCCCAGACAGGCACCAACAAACCUGCUCCCUGUCGUGGUCAAGGUCAUGACUGGCCAGUACUCCGAGCUUUCGAUGUUCGGAACUGAUUGGGAGACCGAGGACGGCACUGCUGUUCGUGACUUUAUCCACGUCAGUGAUCUGGCGCUUGGCCAUAUUGCUGCACUCAGCUCUGCCAACGAAGGCAAGUUGAGUGACAACUUCCGUACUUUCAACCUCGGAACCGGAAAAGGCAAUUCCGUGAUGGAUGUGGUUAGCACCAUGGAGGGUGUCAUUUCCAAGCCCAUUGCUCGCCGGGCAGCACCGCGUCGUGAGGGUGACGUUGGAUCAUGUGUUGCUAUUGUCGACCGAUCCACCGAGGAGCUGCAGUGGAAGACCGAAAAGACCCUGAAGGAUGCUUGCCAGGAUAUCUGCAACUUCCUUGAGGUCAGUGGUCUGUCUUCAUAG